AUGGAUCUAUUAACACAGUAUGCUUACCCAUCCAUAUCUGGAUACAGUAAAUUCACAAUUCAAUUGAGUAUGAAGCAAUCAUUUGAUGAAAUUCAUUUUACGCUUGGUCCUGCAAUACCCUUGACUUUUGAGGAUGGAGAGUUCAUUCCAAAGAGCAAUAUUUAUGAUCAAGUUUAUCGUCUUCUUUUCAAAUAUAUUGAAAGGUAUGAUGGUGAUUGUAUUCUUGGAAUAACAAUAAUAAUAUUUAUGCUUGGCGGUGUCAAGGAUAAGAUACCCCUCUUAUCUGAAGAUGCUAGAGAAAAGAGUCUUUUAGAAUGUCUUCAACCUGUUUCAGGACAAAUAGAUCUUAAUAAUCCUAUCAGUGAUCUAAAGAUCCAACAUAAAAAGCUUAAUUAUCCCAGCCAUAUCACUGGAAUAAAAUCAAGUCAAAGAAAAAGAACAAGGCUGAAAUCAUUCUUGGUUGCUGAUACCGAGACUAUACUGAUAGAUAACGUUCAUAAACCGUACGCAGCUGGUGUCAUGAUGGUCAUUCCUGGUCUUGAUUUAAAGACUCAGACGAUAUAUACUUACUUCAGCGAAGAUUACACUCCAUAUGUAUUCAAAAGCUUUGAAGAAAGGAGUCAAAAGCUACUUAAUGAUUUUAUAUUGAGGAUAAUUUCCAUUAUUAAACAAAAUCCAUCAAUUAAAACAGUCUACUUCCAUAACUUCUCACGAUUCGAUGGUCUUUUUGUGCUUAAGCACCUGGCAUUACAUCAUAAGAUGUUUAAGUUAAAACCGCUAAUGAGGGAUAACAGACUUUAUGAGGUUGCAGUCUAUUCAGGUAAAAGAAUGUUAUUCCGCUUAAGAGACUCCUUACACCUACUCCCUGGCAAACUAGAUGACCUUGCAAAGAAUCUAUGCCCAGAGUUAGGAUCGAAAGGGUCUAUCCCAUAUGAUCAAGUGACACUAUCAAAUCUUAGUAGUCUGAGAGAAAGCUUGGUAGAGUAUAUGAAACAGGACAUUCUACUCCUUGGGGGUAUAAUGCACAAUUUCCAGGAUUUAUAUGCUAAGGCCUACAAGGCUGACAUAGAAAACAAGAUAACAGCUGCCUCACUGGCUCUAAGUCUCUUUCGUAGUAACUACUACGACGAGGUUCAGUUUCCGAUUCACAUCCCCAAUAAGAAUGAAGAUACCUUCAUAAGGAGAGGCUAUUAUGGUGGGCAUGCUGAUGCAUACACCCCAUAUGGUGAAAACCUAUAUUACUAUGAUAUCAAUUCCCUCUAUCCAUUUGUUAUGAAAGAAUUCCCAAUGCCCGGGGGUGUACCAGUCUGGCAUAGUGAUAUAGAUAGUAUGGAGUUAGAUAGCAUGUUUGGCUUUAUUCAAGCUUACGUGGAAUGUCCUAAAACUAUGAAGAGACCCUUUCUACCAUAUCGAAAUGAUAAAGAUGGAAUUCUUCUCUUUCCAACCGGCGAAUUUGUUGGUGUCUACUAUAGCGAGGAACUCAAGUAUGCAAGAGACCUGGGCUACAAGGUAUUACCAAUUUGUGGGUACCUCUUCCAGAAGAUGGAAAGCCCAUUCAAGGACUACGUUAACUCACUCUUUGAAUGCAGAUCCAAUGCUAAGAAGCAGGGUAAUAAUGCUAUUGGUUAUGUAUAUAAGCUUCUUUUAAAUUCCCUAUACGGAAGAUUUGGCAUAAACCCAAUCAGUACAAUAACAGAGAUGUGUGAUAAAAAUCGACGUGACUUUUUGUUAAGGACGGGUACAUUUAUAAAUGAUGCCUCUCUUAGAGAGGACCUAUACAUGGUUUCAUACCAUAGCAAUAUGGAGAAGGGUCCUGAUUAUUGGAAGCCGCCGAAGAACUCAGCAAUCCAACUAGCUGCAGCGAUCACUGCCAGCGCUAGGAUUUACAUGUAUAAGUAUAUCUCAAGAGAGGACUGCUACUACACAGACACUGACUCUAUUGUUCUUGGCAAUCCUCUUCCCGAGGAUUUGAUUUCUUCCUCUGUAUUAGGUAAGUUUAAGUUAGAAGAUCAAAUCAAAAAAGGAUACUUUUUAGCACCUAAAUGCUAUCUCUACACCACAGAAGAAGAUGGCAAUCAUCAUGUCAUGAGGUUCAAAGGAGCUGCUAAAAGCAUUAUAAAUCCUGAAUGGUUUGAGCAACAGUACGCUGACCCCUAUCGCAUGAUUCUGGCAUCGGUGACAUCGAAUUUUAGGAUCAAUUGGUCGGAACUUGAGGUCAUAAAGAAAGAAAGUCCUGUCACUCUUAGGAUAGCGCUGAACAGAAAGAGGAUAGCCAUAAUUCAAGAUCAAAAAUGGCUUGAUACCGAUCCUAUUGAAAUCUCAGACUUGUCCGCUCUAUCUAACAUUGGAAUUAAAAUAAUAAGAGCACUCAGGAAAAAAAUCAAUCAAUUAGAGACCGAGAAGAGUCUACUUCUCGAUGAAAUCCUUUCUCAGAAGGAAUUAGAGAUAGCCGAUAAGAAAAGAAUUAGAGAGAGUCGAGAACUCCUAGAAACCAAUGAUCCGAAGUAA